CAAAGAGGGAAAAAAGGAAAGGAAAAAAGGACAAUAGUUAAAACCUUUCCUUAGCCUCGUCGACGGGAUCCAACGAUUACUAAUAAACUCUUCUGUUUCGGAGUUUACGUCACUCGACGAUGACGCCGAUCAUCAGAUCCAGCCCCGUUCUGGCUUUCCUGGUUUUGCAGUUCUUCUUGAUCUUCUUUGCUUCCACUCUCCCCUGCUCUUUUGGGUCUGAGGAUAGUUACACCAUCACUGGUAGAGUGAAGAUUCCACCAAGCAACGUGAUUGGUCACACCACAAAGUUCUCAAGUGUCAAAGUUGUACUCAAUGGUGGACAGAGUGUUACGUUGCUCAGGCCUGAUGGAUAUUUCACUUUUCACAAAGUGCCUGCUGGGACUCAUUUGAUUGAAGUAUCUGCAAUGGGCUACUUCUUUUCUCCGGUACGAGUCGAUGUUAGUGCAAGGCACCAUGGAAAAGUUCAUGCAACACUAACCGAAACCAGGAGGAGUCUUACUGAGCUGGUUUUGGAGCCUUUGAGGGAAGAGCAAUACUACGAGAUUCGAGAGCCUUUCUCCAUUUUGUCACUUGUGAAAAGUCCGAUGGGUCUCAUGGUGGGAUUCAUGGUCGUGGUUGUGUUCCUAAUGCCCAAACUGAUGGAAAACAUAGAUCCAGAGGAGAUGAAGCAAGCACAAGAGGAAAUGAGGAGGCAAGGUGUGCCUUCGCUUUCGAGUUUGUUGCCUAGCGCUGGGGCUAGCCGUUAAGAGUUUCUCAGUUAACCCAAUGUAUCACAAAAGGAGGGGAGAAAGGUAUCACGUUCUUGUGAGAGACAAACUCAUUGUAAUAGAUUUGUAUUGUGUAAUAGAUUUGUAUUAAGAAGAAGAAACGAGAUUGUAAUGCAAACCAUUAAUUAGAAGUUCAUGCUCAUCAUUCA